AUGAUCAUACCAACUGUUCUCGGCUGUGUGGCGGCAAUCUUUGCCUGGAUACUGCAAUAUCAGAAUGGCGGCCUGCUCAAUGUUUUCAUGAAACCCGUACGAUCGUCAGACAGUCCCAAUGUCACCUUCGACGUCGUAUCAGACUUCUCCGGAAUCCUCGCCUUCAUUGCAUGCCUGGUCUUUGCUUCCCUGGGCCUUGUGGUCAUCUUUAUUUUCUCCUUCAUCUGUUGCAUCUGCUGUUGCUGCUGCGAUUCUGGUUGUCAUCAUGAUGAGGACGAAGACGAAAAGGACGAACUAGGGUCAAAAGCAUCGACCAAGGAUCAAAAUUUCAUCUGCUGCGGCCUGCAUAUCCUCGCAUUGGUUGUGACCACUCUGCUGCUGAUUGGCCUGGCUGUCUGCAUCGGUUACUACUUCGGAGCGGCCAAUGUCCUCAGUGAAACUAUGGCUGAUUCAAAAGCGAAAGAUGUGGAGGUAGUUUCGUGGCUGGAGGGCAACUCUUCCAGCUUUUCCGUCGGUCGAAUACUGCAGUUUUUCGUUUCCAAUGCUUUGAAGUUUAGCAAGUCCUCCAUCUCGUCUGCGAAAACGAACAUAAAUGUGACAGUCUCUACCGUAAAGACCACUAUUUUAAAGGUAUGCAGAAUGUAUAACUCUUUGUCUUCACCUUCCUAA